AUGAGUGUUGACGUUUCGGAUACGAAACCUGAGAAUAGGGGGCCUAAGAAGCAGCCUUCGUUGUUGGGCCGUCUUCUUGGCAACCAGCGUACUCCCACGCCUGAGCUGGACCUGACUCUGGUGUCUGUUGACUCCUUACCUCCAUUAACAGAUCUCACCCUUCUGGGGUAUAAUGCUGGCACGAAGCAUCGGAUCUUGGAUCCUGAAUUGGCGCUGAAUAUACGGAAUUUGGUUCCGCCUCGGCUUCAGUUGUUCAAUGAGUGGGAGCUUUUGUAUUCUUUGGAACAGCAUGGCAUUUCCCUCAACUCGCUAUAUCGCAACUGCCAUCCUGAUACGCAAAGACGUAACCUUAAGAUGAAGAAGGCUAGGGCUAAUGACGAGUCUGGCGGCUAUGCUGAGGGACCUCAUGGCUACGUCAUUGUCGUUCAGGAUGAGCAUAAGAACAAGUUUGGCUGCUACGUCAAUGAGUAUCCGCAUCCACUGGAACACAAGCGUUACUAUGGCAAUGGAGAGUGCUUCUUGUGGAAAACAGAAUGGUACUCGUCCCACCAUGACCCGAAAAGGCGAAGAGAACGUCGUUUCAAGGCAUACCCAUACACUGGCCUCAAUGAUAACUUGAUAUACUCGAACGUGGACUUCAUUGCCGUGGGCUCCUCGCAAGGCCAGAAUGGUCUAUAUAUAGAUAAGUCUCUCUAUUCGGGUGUAUCAUACCCAUGCGAGACCUUCGGCAACGAGAUCUUAUGUGAGCACGACUCUGACACGGAAUACGGAUCUUUCAAGAUCAUGAAUCUUGAGGUCUGGAGAGUAGGAGAGUUAGAAUGA